AUGAAGUUAACUUACAAUCUUCUAUUUUCCCUGGCUGUGGGAUCCCUCGCUGCUCCCCAUGCCACAACAACUGCUCCCCAGAAAAUCCGAGCCAUCUGGUCCUAUGCUAAAGACGACUCUACAACAUCUCUCAAGGUCUACAAUUCCGACAAAACUGAGUUUUAUGGAGAAACCGAUAGCAGCACCAUCAAUUCUGUGAAUUUCGGCAACUUUACCAACAAGACUCGUGCCAGAAAGGAUCUGUCGUGGGGUGCCAUCUGUAACAAAAAGUUCAAUCCUACAAGUGCCGAGGUUGAUUGCAUUCUCCCCGGUAUUCCUGGCUUCUUGCUCCAAGCUAUUGCAGAGAGAACUGUUAAAGAACAGCGCCAAAUUAUUCCAUGCGCCCCUAUCCAGAGUACUGUUGCAGAGGUCAUCAGCUGCGGCUCAGCUGCGUCCUUCUCGGUGGGAUAUCUAGAGUCCGAGUCCUUUACUAUCGGCUUUAGUACUUCCGGAAAUCCCGUCACAAUCGUCAGCGACCCUGUUAUUGUUAAGUCUCCAAACUCAGAUAAUCGUGGCGGCGGGUACUACUGUGUCAUCGGCACAUGCCGUGCUAAGGGUGACAAUUACUGGGACAACACCGGCCCUGCCGGCGGACCUCAGUGA